AAGUUGGCUCAAGGGCGCAUCCCCCCCGGCGGCUUUGAGCUUCAAACCCGAGAGCGAAUCAGAGCCAUGCGUGCCCUGGCUGCCGCGGCACUCCUGCGGCAGGCCGCUUCCAUUGUCGAAAACAACGACCGCUGGAACGACGCGUCCUUCUUCGACUCGUUCCAUGUCGGCGAGUCUACCAGCGAUUAUGAUUCAGCGCAAGUACAGCGCGCGGAGGACAACCCCUUCCACAACUAUGUUGACGGCUACAACCCAGAUGUCACGGAUCCGUUUGAUCCCAAACACGUAGACGUUAAGUGGUUUGCGAGCCUUCCUUCGGGCGGCUCUGAACAGGCUCUGCAGACGCUGCCAGAGCCGAACCAGGGACCGUUUGGUCAUGCCCAAAAGACGGGCGGUUGGUAUUACAACGAUGGAGGAAACUUUGUCCAGUCCUACGAGUACCCCAAGAAGUACGAAGAGCAAGCAGCGAUGCAGCGAGCCACCGGCGGAGACGUGUUCCACCUCCUGAAGGGCUCUGCAAAGAAGCAAGCGGACUGGUUCGAUGCUUCGACAGCCCAGUUCGAUGCGUACGGGAGGCCCAAGGCUCCUUACCCGGGCAACCCAGCCGCGUUGGUCUCGCAGGGCUACAAGCAAGAGGCGAGGAAUGCCUCCCUGUCCUGCAAAGCAGCUGGCUGCAACGCCUCGGCACAACUGACAUUGAACCAGGACUCUGACCUGCAGAACUGCAUUCUCAGCGUGCAGGCGGUGCUGCGGUUCAACGGUGUGGUUUCUUCCAAGAAGCGGGUUGUAGACUUGCAGCUCAAGAAACCCGAGGUCAAACCUACGGACUUCAGCUCCGGCACUAUCGAGUUCAUCACGGUGAACAACGUCACAGUGAGUCUGAACUGCAAGCCGCCGGCAGAUUGUAGUAAGGCGAAUGAACUGUCAUCGCUCUACAGCUGCGUGAGCGAGCUGCAUGUGCAGAACCUUCUGGGUAGCGAUCGCUCACUGGUGGUGGAGGCAAAGAUCUCCAAAGAUGUGCAGAACAGCGACUGCGCCUAUCAGGGCAACUUGCUCUAUGCAGUGCCACAGGUAACAUGCCUUGUUGGCACGCCACAAGGCGGCUCAGGCUCUCAGGCAAAAGCAACGCCGGUCGACCUGCCAGGGUCCUACCUGCAGACGAAGCGCACGACGGCGAGCUUGGCACAAAAGGGCCUUCGGGUGAAGAGGACUUGAGGCACAGCGGAAGAGCUUGUUGCGAAUGGACACGUAGCAUGAAAUCGACUGAAAAUGCCCAUGGGGCAUGAAUGCUUAGCCCAGCAUCACGGUCGUGCGUCAAGACAUAUCUUCAAAGGUGGCAUCCACGUGGGGGUGACG